UAGACGUAAGUAAGUAAAAAUUUUGCUCGAAUCUUCGAGAAAUUAUAAUGGACAUACGCUGGUAGCCCCUACAAGGGUGAAUGUAAACAGUAAGGAGUGAGGCGACGGUGAGAUACAUUAGCAGCCAUGAGUCUUAUGGCCAAAGGCGGCUCUGAGGGGCCUGGUUUUAUUGGAAUUCGGUUUUGUCAGGAGUGCAACAACAUGUUGUAUCCCCGAGAAGACAAGGAGAACAAGAUACUGCUGUAUGCUUGUCGAAAUUGUGAUUAUAAGAUGCCUACUGAAAACAACUGUAUCUACGUCAACAAACUUAUGCACGAGAUUGACGAGCUGCGUCACAUAAACCCAGAAGUUAUACAGGAUCCAACACUGCCUCGAACUGAUGACCAUCCUUGCCCUAGGUGCAAUACACGUGAUGCUGUAUUUUUCCAAGCACAGACAAGAAGAGCUGAAGAUGAGAUGAGGCUGUAUUACGUGUGCUGCAACACAGAAUGUACACACCGCUGGACUGAAUGAAUUUCUCUUAGUUUAAGAAUAUUACUUGUAUAGAAGAUGGUUGCAGAUUUUUAUGGAUAUCUCUAUUUUAUUGAUUUAGUAUGAGAGGAAAAUGUUUGUACCUAAAUAAAGGGAUUGUUUAGAUAAUUAUUUUCUAAACCCUUUCCAUCUGUAGAGAUAAGUAAAUAGCUGAUGUAAGAAAUGACAUUUACUCCUGAGACACAUUACUCAUAUUGUACAAUUAUUUUUCUUUGUAGAAAUAAUGUAAUUAUUCUCAAAUGUUUGUUUGUUUAUUAAAUUGGUUAUAAGAUGUAUAUUAAUAAUCCCUUUAAUAGAAAGUAAGGAAAGCACAAUGUACUGAUAGUUAUAAUAAAGAUACUGUAUUAUUUCCUAUUAGCAGUAAAAUUU